CGGAGUGGGUCGGUGUUUCGCUUCAGCUGUCCAACGGGGGUGGGGGAGUUAGGGUGACGGUGGGUUAUGUAGGGCCAGGUAUCGUCUCACUCAUUCGUAUAAAAGCAAUGUCUGCACCCCAUGGAGAUGCUGAUGGACCAAACACAGCGGCGACUGUGUCUGGAGUGGAGGGAAGGCCUUGUGGAAACAAAGAUGUGUCAAUUAAGCAGCACGGAUGCUUGCUGGGGCCUUAUGUCACAGUUGGAGCGACUGUUCCUACUGGCUUCGAGAAAACAGCUGCAGAUGAAGUCCAAGAGAAAAUAGGAUCCGAGUCCAGAAUUAGCAAGGAUCGAGGAAGAAUCUAUUUUGAGGUUUCCAAAGAUAAUCUUUUUCAGGUUCAUCUUUUGAGAUCUGUUGAUAAUUUAUUUGUUGUUAUCCAGGAGUUUCCUCAGUACCAGUUUAACAAAUCCAAGGAUAGUAUACUGGAGGACUUCAGGCAUUUGGCUGGCGAACUCCCCUGGACAGUUCCCCUUGAGGUGUGGGAGCUCAACAACAGUCUGAAGAAGAGGAAGUUACAGCGCAGGAAAGCCAAUCAUGAAAGCAGCCCGGCUUCAGAAACACCACGUGAAAUUAACCAAAAUAAUGCACCUGUGAUUUGUCCCCAUUUAGCUUCCGGAGAUCAGCUACACAAUGGAACAGCGUUACCUGUCACUGAAUCUGGGCCAAGUGACGAUCAACUCUCUGAAAUCAAGGAGUCCACCAUGAUCUUCAAUGAUGUGGCUGCCGAUCAGGUUCCACAUGAGGGACAUCUGAAUGGCAAAAAUGAAAAUGAAGGGAAGGGCUGCGAACUACUCAAAUUUAGAGUUACCUGCAAUAGAGCUGGGGAGAAGCAUAACUUUACCUCAAUGGAGGCAGCUAGAGAGUUUGGCGGUGCUGUGCAGGAUCUAUUCAAGUGGAAGGCAGAUAUGACCAAAUUUGAUAUAGAGAUCCUACUCAAUAUUCAUGAUAAUGAAGUAGUGAUUGGUAUAGCUCUUACAGAGGAAAGUCUACACAGGCGAAACAUAGUUCACUUUGGGCCUACAACUCUUCGAUCUACUUUGGCCUAUGGGAUGCUAAGACUUUGUAGUCCUCAGUUAACUGAUAUCAUCGUUGAUCCAAUGUGCGGGACAGGAGCUAUCCCAAUUGAGGGAGCUUUGGAAUUCACACAGUCUUACUUUGUUGGUGGAGACAAUAAUGUACUGGCUGUGAACAGAUCCAUUAAUAACAUCAAUUCCUUACAGAAGAAGAGACUUGAUAAGGGAAGGACUAACUGGGGCUUGCCUUUAGAUGUUAUACAGUGGGAUAUCUGUAACCUUCCACUCAAGACCAGUUCUGUGGAUAUCAUUAUAUCAGAUAUGCCUUUUGGAAAGAGGAUAGGUUCAAAGAGGAAAAACUGGGACCUUUAUCCAGCCUGUCUGAAGGAAAUGGGGCGAGUAUGUAGACCUGAGACUGGGAGAGCUGCUCUCCUAACGCAAGACAAGAAAUGCUUUGUGAAGGCCAUGUCAAGAAUGGGUCAUCUCUGGAGGAAGUCUCAUACUGUCUGGGUGAACGUUGGUGGGCUGCAUGCUGCUGUCUACCUGUUGAAACGUACAGGUCUUUCCUUUAAUGAGUUAUUUAAGACGCCUCAAGAAUCUGCUCAGAACAAGGAUGUUUCGUGUAAAACAGGGCCAGUAGAAAUAGAAGAGAAGGAAAUGUACAGUCCUAAGGAAUAAACUUGAGCCUUGUUAGUAAGAUAAGUAGGUUUAAAACAAAAGUUAAUGGAGAAUAAGUUUGUGCUCUCUUUCAUCAGUUGAUCCAAAGACCGUUUUCAGACUCCACACCACCUUAAAUCUGUGGAGUAGAUUGGUAGUGAAUGUUACAAGGAAUCAAGACAUCAAAGGAGGUUGAGAUAGCAAUUUGAAUAGGUGGAAAUCUUUGUAACAUUGGACCUGCCACCAGCCUCCCCCUUACAUUCUCUGUUACAUCAAAACAAUUUGAGUGUGGUUAGUGCUUCCAAUUUGUUAGUUUUAGAUUAAUGCACAGGACAGCAGAAAACUGGGGCAAAGAAACAGCAAAGUUUUUCCUUCAACUAAGCUGAGCUGAGAAGCCAACAGACGAUAAACUUUCUCAACUAAAGUUUAAGAAUGCUUGUGGUUGUGUUUAACAUUAUGGAAUUCUUGUUUUUGUUGUACGAUAAGUCAGUACUAAACAUACUCUUAAAAUAUCACACCCCAAAAAAAUGUAAUGCGGAUGUCUAAUAGUUUAAUCUCCCCUCCGAAACAAAACUCUUCCCCUCCCCCCUUUUGCUAAGUAUUUCUUUAAUCUUGCUCUGAUUCUGGAUAUCUCACCAAGAUUUUUUUAAUCCAUACCUACCUCCUUUUUAAAACUUUGGCUGCUAUAACCCUGUUUAUGGAGGCAUCACCUAGUUCAUUAAUGGCACUUAGAAGCCAAUACUACUGUAUGUUCUAGUUCUGUGCUAAGCAGUACUUUUACAAUACUUCCCCUCAAUGUUUCUGGAUUAGGUGGAGAAGAAUUGAGUCAGAUUUUCCACUCAUCGCCAUCCAGCAGUCCUAGUUGGAAACGGCAGAUGGAGGAAUAUUGGCUGGAAUUUACCUGGCCUGGUGUCUCCGCCCAGUAGGUUCAUGUGUAGAGAGAUACUGGAAGCAGCUGAUAGACUGGCCAUUGUUUUUCAGGCCUCAAGGGAUAUAAAAUACAGUACUUAAUCUAAUCCAACCCCAAAUGCUUAGUAUUGAAAGAAUUGGAGAGAGGUUGUGGAGAAUUUGCAUAUAGACCCUGUUGUAUUAUUCAGAAUCUAAUACUUGCACUUGAUUCCUUAUCGCCUUGAAAGGAGUGCUUCAGAUAACUAACUGCUUUCUGUGGUGCAGUGACCGCAAAUGGAGGGUGGAUCUUGAAAUAUAGGUUUACACGGCAUCCUGUAGCAUAUUGUCAGACAGCACACUCCAUGCAGAAUACCUUGAUUAGAGUUUGAGAUUUUAUCCUAUCUCUCAUUUUUGUCUUUUCUCAACUACGAUAGGACUAAAGUAUAUUUAAAUGUCACACAGUGAGAAUGUGUGCUGAUUUAAUCUGCUGAGAUAGAUUGGUUAAGAGAUACAUGAGCAAAACUUAUUUGAAUGUUAUUUACAUUUUAGAAUAAAAGUUUGGAUAUGAUUUUAAGGUUGU